AUGUCUAAUAUGCUAAUUUUGGUCUUUAAUUUUGUCUGCGCAUUUUCAAAGACUCCUAGUCAGAUGCUGGCAUUCCGUUUCCUGGCUGGUAUUGGCGGAAGUGCACCGCUGGCCCUCGGUGGGGGAGUCAUUAACGAUUGCUGGAGCGUCAAGGAACGUGGUCGGGCAGUGACUUUAUAUGCCCUGGCGCCUCUCUUGGGUCCAAUCAUUGGGCCGAUCGCUGGCGCAUGGAUUGCCAUGAAGACGACCUAUAUCUCACUCAGAUUGUUGCCACUGGCCUUUGCGCCCCAUUUACUGGCUCGAAAAGCAAGGAAGCUGCAAAAUGCUAGCAGCGGGGAAGGGAAUCUUCUACUCUACCCGGUCGUUUUACUUCUAACCGAACCUACGGCCCAGCUACUAGGAAUAUAUCUAGCCUAUAUAUACGGGCUGGUCUAUCUGAUACUGACGUCGAUCCCUGAUAUAUACGUCGUUGUAUAUCACGAGAGUAUCGGAAUUGCAGGAUUGCAUUACAUCGCCUUUGGAAUUGGCCUUUACAGUGGAGCGCAAAUCACGAAUGCGAUCCUGGAUGGACUGUAUCUCCGCCUCAGCGCUCACUACGGGACCGAAGGCCGUCCUGAAUUUCGAAUUCCCAUUAUGCUGCCCGCCACCCUGUUCGUGCCUAUAGGAUUGUUCAUUACAGGAUGGACUGUGUCAAGCGGAGUGCACUGGAUUGUCCCAGAUAUUGGACUUGUUAUCACCGGAAUGGGCAUCGCCGUGAACUGGCAAGCGAUACAAACAUAUAUCAUCGAUACCUACACCGUUCAUGCAGCACCAGGGUAUGGGAAAGGAAACACCAUACUAGCUAAUUACACUUUGGGCCUGGAAUUCCCGAUGUAA